AGCUCCCCAAAGCAAAGAAGGGAACCGAAGAAAGAAUACAGUUGAAAAAAGAGGUUGUACAAAAAAUAUAGAGGUGGCCAGGAACAAAACAGAAAGUUUAUUUAUAUUUAUGUGAAAAUAAAUCGCUUUACCAAAAAUUCAAAACCCCUUUACGAAAAUAAAGUUACAGAAAUAUAUACAAUAUGUUCAAUCAACACACAACCCAAGUGACUCACGCUGGACAAACUACAUUUCAAUUUACCUAAGAAGGAAAAAAUAGAACAGUCUUGAGGAGCACUAAGCAUAAAAAAAAGAAAGUGUUAAAAUAUUUAAAAAGUUUCCUCUCCUCUAGACUUUUAGUAGAAUACGUUUCCUCCCAAAAUAGGAGAAUCCAAUUAUAAACGUGGUAACAUUCUGAAUAUCGUCAACACCCUUCCAGCUUAAAUAACCCAUAACAAUGGUGCCUUCGCCGAGUCCAAAUUUUUCCAUGGACUGCUGGUUAAACGACCCUCCUGACCUGGUGCACGUAACAUGCCUACUUCCUAAUGGAGUUUUUCUAAUCCAGGAAGUAUGUGCGACGGCGACAAUUCGUGAAAUAAAAAUGGAACUCUUAGCUGCUGCCAAGUCUUAUCCACUUUAUGAAAUGCUCAAGGAGCAUUCAAUGUACGCUCUACGAGGAAUAACCAAAUUCAAUACCGUGGAGAACUUUAAGGAUUCGGGUCGCUUGUGCGAUAUACAACCGUAUCUUUGUCUUUUAGAACUUGCUGAGUCAACAGAGUAUUCGAGUGAUCAAGAGCUUUGCAAUUUAAUAAGCUAUAUGAUUGGAAAGUCAGUGGAUGACUUUCGAGCGAUGAAGAGUCCCGAAGUGAGUGACUUUCGUUAUAAGAUGUCUUUACUAAGUGAAGAGAUCGAAAACGAAAGAGCCACUGUGUCAUGGAGUGAAAAAUUAUUAUAUGAGCAUCCACUAAGACUGGCCAGGACGCCUCGCAUGCCAACAAUCAAAGGUCGAUUACGCAGCGAUAGUUUUGUAGUAUCUGUGAAACUGGAAAAUGAUGAAAGUAUAUUUAGUUUGCGAGCGAACGAUACCGACACGCCAACAAAACUUAUCGAAAUGGCUCUUGCAAAGAUGUCUCGAUCGAUGGUCAAAUUAAAUGGUCAGUCAACUUCAUCAUAUAUACUAAGAGUUGGUGGAAGAGACGAGUACUUGUUUGGCGAAUUUCCUUUAAUACAGUUUGUCUAUAUUCAGGAAAGCUUAUCACGUGAUGGUGUUCCCUUGAUUGUUCUUAAACCUAUUCACACACUACCAACAUAUAUUAAUCACAAACAACUCAGCAUAGAAUACAAACCGAAAACCACUGAAAACCUCAACUAUAAAACAAGCACAAUACGAAAACGUCAAAAGUUCGCCUCAUCAUGGGACAUACAAGAGCCAUUUCGGCUAGAAUUGCACGGCAUCGAUAACGUUAACUGUGAUCUGAAUCCAACGCCAGAAAUAGGAGUUCAUCUAGGUCUCUUUCACGGUGAAAGAAGACUAUGUGCUUUACAAAAAUCUACAGAGCUUCCAGUAGAUAAUGAUGGUAAAAUUGUCCUCAACGAAGCAAUAGCAUUUGAUAUCUUCCUGCAAAAUGUGCCUCGAAGUGCUCGACUAUGCAUUUCUAUAUAUGCCAAGACUGUAAAACUGGGUGGAUCUCGCUCAAAGAAGAUAAGCACCAGCAAAGAAAGCAAAGAUAGCAAAGAUAGUAAAGAUAACAAAGAAAGUGCUAAAGAUAACCGAGAGUAUCACACGAGUCCUUUAGCUUGGGUGAAUACUACUCUAUUCGAUUAUAAACAUCAGCUUAAAACUGGUCAACUUACCCUUCAUACAUGGACCAAUGCAGAUGAUAUACAAUCGGAUGAAAUUUUUCAUCCUUUGGGUACGGUAGAACCAAAUCCUAGGAAUGAAGACUGUGCUGUUGUAAAGUUAACUUUCCACAACUAUAACUGCGAAAAUGGAAUUAUUUAUCCAGAAGAAGAAACGGUUCUUUUGCAUGCUGAAAAAUUAGCUGAGACAGAAAACCUGAAUCGCUCCAAAUCACAGGAUAAAAAAAUAAUCCAAAAGAUCUUAGCUAGCUACUCACGAAGUGACAAACUUGAUGAAAUGCAUGAUCAAGAUCGAAAUGAUAUAUGGUCAAACAGAUUGGAUUGCCGUAAUGAAUGUCCGGAAGAGUUAUCUAUACUUUUACAUUGCGUAAACUGGAACGAACGAAAUGAGGUGGCUGAAAUUUGGAGUCUCCUUAAAGACUGGCCAACUGUGUCUGUUGAGCGAUCAUUAGAGCUUCUAGAUUAUGCCUAUCCAGAUCCAGCUGUUCGAAAUUUUUCAAUUCGGUGUCUGCGGCAAUUGAAAGAUGAAGAGUUGCUUCUAUAUCUUUUACAGUUAGUCCAAGCAAUAAAACACGAAUCCUAUUUGGAUUCUGAUCUUGUGUGUUUUGUUUUGGAGAGAGCUUUACGAAAUCAACGCAUCGGACAUUACUUCUUUUGGCAUUUACGGUCAGAAAUGCAAACACCUUCGAUGCAAGUUCGUUUUGGGCUCCUUCUUGAUGCUUACCUAAAAGGUUGUAAGUCACAUGUGCCACUUCUGCAUAAACAAGUUCAAUGCUUGGAAAAAUUAAAGCAAGGUUCCGAAUCAGCAAAAAAGGGAAGCAAAGAGAAAUCAAGGCACUCAUUGCAAACAUUUCUAGCUAAUGAAAGAAUUGGUGCUGUAUUUAAGGGAUUUCAAAGUCCACUAAAUCCUAGCUUUCGGUGCAAAGGAGUAAAACCGGAUAAGUGCAAGGUUAUGGACUCUAAAAUGAGACCGUUGUGGGUCGUAUUUGAGAAUGCAGAUAUGUUAUGUGAUGAUAUUUAUAUUAUAUUUAAAAACGGCGAUGAUCUUAGACAAGAUAUGUUAACGCUUCAGAUGCUUCGUGUCAUGGAUCAGCUGUGGAAAAACGAAGGCCUGGACUUUAGAAUGAACAUCUAUAACUGCAUAAGUAUGGAGCGACGUCUUGGUAUGAUCGAAGUCGUUCUGAAUGCUGAAACCAUUGCCAAUAUUCAAAAAGUUAAGGGUAUGUUCUCCGCAACAUCGCCUUUUAAAAAGGGUUCUUUGUUUAGUUGGUUAAAAGAGCACAAUAAUACCGAAGAAGAAAUGAAUAAAGCAGUGGAAGAAUUUACUCUUAGUUGUGCGGGCUAUUGUGUUGCUACAUAUGUUCUAGGCGUUGCCGAUCGUCAUUCAGAUAAUAUAAUGGUGAAAAAAAACGGACAGCUUUUCCAUAUCGAUUUUGGCCAUAUACUUGGGCAUUUCAAAGAGAAAUUCGGUGUAAGACGGGAAAGAGUUCCUUUUGUCUUGACGCAUGAUUUUGUUUAUGUUAUAAACAAAGGACGGACUGAUAGGGAAGCUGAAGAGUUUCGGUAUUUCCAAAAACUGUGUGAAGAUGCAUUUCUCAUCCUAAGAGAGCACGGUUGUUUAAUCCUUUCAUUAUUUUCAAUGAUGAUAUCGACUGGUUUACCCGAGUUAUCCUCGGAAAAGGAUCUUAAUUACCUAAAGGAAACAUUGGUCCUGGAACUGACUAAAGAAAAUGCACGCGAGCACUUCCGCUCGAAAUUUAGUGAAGCUUUGGCUAAUUCGUGGAAGACUUCGUUAAACUGGGCAUCACACAACUUCUCAAAGAAUAAUAAACAAUAAGCAUGAUAAUAUAAUAAGAUAUAAUGUAAAACAAAACAAAAAAGAAAUGGAUUAAUUAUAUUAUUACACAUUUUCUCAUUUUUAUUCUUCAUCUGCAUCGUUUUUUAAGUUAAUAAGCAAUAUAUUAAAAAGAACUUAUAUAUAUAUAAAAGUUCAAUCUCAUUCAA